GUCUCCGUGGGAGGGGCUAGGAAGCAAAACCCUGGUGGAAGACUGUUGUCUCUUCCGGCUUGCCGUCGUCCUUAUAAAAGGCUGCUGCGUUCCCUCAGUCCGUCCUCUUCCCGGUUAACCAGGCUGUCUGCUGCUAGCUGGCGCUUCAUCAUUAAGGAUCAUGGCUGAGCUGCAGGAACGCACUUUCAUUGCCAUCAAGCCCGACGGCGUGCAGAGGGGCAUCAUCGGAGAGAUUAUCAAACGCUUCGAGAUGAAGGGCUUCAAACUGGUGGGCAUGAAGAUGCUCCAUGCCUCUGAGGACCUCCUCAGGCAGCACUACAUUGAUCUGAAGGACAGGCCGUUCUUCUCUUCCCUUGUUAACUACAUGGCUUCUGGUCCAGUGGUUGCAAUGGUGUGGGAAGGUAAAGGUGUGGUGAAGACUGGCAGGGUGAUGUUAGGUGAGACCAACCCUGCAGAGUCUAAACCUGGAACCAUCAGAGGAGACUUCUGUAUCGACGUCAGCAAGAACAUCAUCCAUGGCAGCGACUCAGUGGAGAGCGCCAACACCGAGAUUUCCUUGUGGUUCAAACCAGAAGAGCUGGUCAGCUACACAAGCUGUGCCUUUAGCUGGCUUUACUGAGCUGCUCCAGGUCCUGCAGCCGCCCCCCCACUGGGUUUGAGACUACUGUUCAACGGGUCUCAGACCAGUAAAACUCUUGCCGCAGAUUUCCAGACUUUGCCUGUAGCCUAGAUGACAUUCUCGUCACACAUUUCCUUCUCUUUACUUCUCAUCCUGUAGUUUCUAUGAACAUUUUCCAUCCAUGUCAUUCCUGUAGAAACAUUCCUCGUGUGCACUUGUUGACUCGUCGGGUUUUGUUGAUCUCCAAUAAAUGCACGUGACCCCA